AUGAAAGAAGUGCAUACCACGGAACGUGUAAUCCGGAAUUGGAUAGAUGAAAAUGAGGAAUGUAUGAAGUCAUUGUGGUUGCGUAGGGAUGGCUUUUCAGUCCGUCUGAUGGCAAGGACGAAAGAGCCACCUGUAAGCUUGCUUUUGCCUCUUGAUAGCUGCUUCGAUGUGCGUAUUUUGCGAAUCGAUUAUGCUCAUUUGUCCGCCCAUUGGCGGAAAAUGAUACAAUGUAUUUGGCAUCCAACAUCCAACAACGAUGGUAUAUUUCGUGGAAUUCUUAUAGGUCAGCCAUCAACGAUAAAUCUUUUUUAUGGAGUUGAUGUUGGUGAAAUGAAAUUUGUGUAUGGACAAGGUAUCUUCCAGCUCCCUGCCGAUCUUCAGUCAAUCCCGCCACUUUGCUUUUGCGGUAUAUUACCCAGUUGCACAACAAGCCCUGGUUACGUAAAUCUUUCAUCAAUAAAUGAGAACAACAUUUAUUUGUGCAGAAUAUACAAAAUUCUUCCACCACAUUUCUCGGGCUACUUUACUGUAAUGUAUCCACCAGUUGUGUUCCUCCAGUUGUACAAAUUUAUCAGUUAUCAUAACAAAUAUGAUGAAGUUAUUUUCAAACGAAAGUCGAGGACGAUAGUAAGUAAUAAUGAAUAUCUUGGUUGUCAGUAUGCUGUUCCCAAUGCAAAUUUAGUCAUGAGGGAAAAUGGUCUGAGUAUUAAAAAGAAAACAAGUGCUCUUCAAAGACCAUGUAGGCUUUAUGAUAAUUUGGUUGAUCCCGGAAAACAUUCCAAAUACAAAUCGGUUAAUUCAAUGGAUAUGCAUAACGAUGGUGUGGUUGGCAAGACCAUUUCGAAAGCACAAGCGGUUGUCACCCAUUUUCAUGAGGAGACCGAUACAUGUUUGGCAUAUCUUGUUGAUUUUGGUCUACCAAUUGUUUGUAACAUCAAAAAUUUAUAUAGCCGUAAAGAGCAGCCUGCGGUGAUACGUGAGACUUCAUCUGCUGCAUUCAAGUGUCGUGUGAAUCGAGUUUUGAGACAGGGAAGUGCUGAGCGUAAGACACCCAAAGCAAGACAUUUUGCAUCUUCUAACUUAAACGAAUGCAAUUUUAAAUACUUUAAAAUAAAAUCUGGUUAA